AUGCCCGGCGAACUGACUUUGCCGGCCGACGAAGUGAACUUAGACAUUUUCUCCAGGAAGCUCAGUGAUGCCAUACGAGCUCAGUGUUUUCGUCGGCCGGAGUGGCAUUCAACCGAAGAACGAAUAGCCGGGCAUGUUCCUCAACAACUCAAGAGCUGCUCCCAUGUGUUUGUCAGAGAAGAGAGGAAUCUGGGGAGCUUGAGGCCGAAGUAUCACGGCCCCUUUCCGGUUGUAGCAAGAUCGGAGAAGACGGUGACGAUCACGAGGGAUGAAUUACCGGAAGUUAUUUCAUUAGAUAGA